UUUUUGUUGUUGUGAUGCUAGUUUGAUAAUAUAUAAGACGAAGCACCGCCAGAACGUCAAGAUGAAGCUGAGACGAUUGUGCACCAAAUCCUCCAUCCUUUGUACGAUAUCAAUGGCCUUCGUUAUCCUUGGAGUCCUCAUAAUUACCACUUGGUCUCAUCUCUAUCACGUGAUCACGAGAACCGGUUUCGUUUUAACGCCCACCUCGACCGCAUAUCACAUGUGGAAGAAGAACCCCAUCCCCCUGACCAUAGACUUUUACUUCCACAACUGGACCAAUUCGGAGGCCGUGCACAACAACACCGUCAAGCCCAGUUUCAAGCUCAUGGGACCGUACAGGUUCAUAGAGACCAAGGAAAAGUCCAAAGUUACGUGGAACGACAACAGUACGGUGACGUUCAGGCAUUUGAGGACGUGGUUCUUCGAUCGGGAACACAGCGUCGGUCCGUUGAGUGACGAAGUCACGACGGUCAAUCCCGUCACUACGUCUGCCGCUUAUGCGGUCCGAAACUGGAACUACAUCGUUAAAAAAGGAUUGUCUGUCACGUUGAACACGAUGAAUCAGAAGGUGCAUAUCGUGAAGAGCGUUGGGGAGUUGCUGUUCGAGGGGUACGAGGACAAGUUGAUGAACAUUGCGAGGAGCAUGCCGUUCUUGGCCGACAGUAACAUGCCCGAGAUGGACAAAUUCGGCUGGUUUUAUGGUAGAAACGGUUCAGACGUUUUCGAAGGUACCUUCAACAUGGAUACGGGAGUCGACGGCCAACUGGGAAGGCUUUACGAAUGGAAGGGCUCGAACAGGACGUCUUUUUAUCUGGACAAGUGCAGCGACAUCGACGGAUCGGCGGGCGAAUUCUUUCCGCAGAACUUAAACAAAGACAGUAUUGUUAAGUUUUUCUCAUCGGAUUUAUGCAGGCCAGUGGAACUGGAGUACGAGAAAGACGUCGAGAUCCAUAACAUUGUGGGCUACAAGUACAGUGCCGGAGACAGAUUCUUAGACAAUGGCACCAAGAUCGUGGAGAACAAAUGCUUUUGUUUGGGUGAUUGUAUGCCGUCGGGGGCGGUCAAUGUGUCCGCUUGCCGCUACGGAUCGCCCGCCUUCGUAUCUCUGCCCCACUUCUACAACGCCGACCCCUAUUAUCUGGACAGCAUAGAGGGUGUGAAGGCCGAUAAGGACAGACACGAGUUUUAUAUGAUCUUCGAACCGAAAACCGGAUUGCCCCUAGAGGUGGCUGCCAGAUUACAACUCAAUCUACUGCUGACGCCAGUCACAAACAUACAAUUAUACUCGGACGUCCCCAAAGUAUACUUCCCUCUGAUAUGGUUCGAGCAGGUAGUCCGGAUGCCCCCGGAAGUGGCCCUCUACAUAAAGUUCCUGGUCAACUUCAAAGUGAUAUGUUACGCAAUCGGUGCUAUAUUAAUAUUCGUCGGACUAUUGAUACAGUUCUGCUGCAUUUAUCGCAUCUGCACGAUGAAAUUGUGCGAGCCGGCCAAAGACUGCACGAUCAAAGAGCGUGUGCCUCUAACCGAACAGAAGUAAAGCGAUGCGGUGUCGCUCAGCCCGGAAGAAAUGAAUGAUGAUGCGUGCUUCUGCGCACUCGAGGAAGAUUUUUAUUUCGAACGCGUUAUCGAAAUGUGUUUAAUUUAUUUUUAUAUCCGUUUGUAAUUGCCGAAUAAUGUGUUUCCGUAAUAAAAAGUUUUUAAUUA